UCUGUUUGGGAAAUCAAUGGAGACUCAAUCAACAGGUUCUAUGUGGGAAAAAAGUAACUCAAUUUAUGCUCCCAGUUACACGGGGCCAGUAAACCGACCAGAACAGAGGAGGGCAACCACAACAGUUCUUCCAACUCAGACAACUGGACAGUCAGAGAUGAUGACAGAUAUAACAGCCACUGUUACCAUGGAAACAGCCCUACAGAAUGCCAGUAUUUUCUCAGUGAACUCGGGGAAUUGUAUAAAUCACUUCCCUAUCAGCAUGUUCCAGACCUACAGUGGAGAAACAGAGCAAGAACUAGUGCCCGAGGACUGUGAAUUGAACUCUCACUGCCAGGGAUUGGAACUGGAACUGUGUUGUGCAAAUGGGAGCUUCAGCAAAUGUGUCCGAUUUCAGAGUCAAGUUGGAAUUGACUACUACCUUGGAUGGGUAAAACUGAAGAUAAACGAAUUUGAGUUGGACACAAACUACAGUGGUUGGGAUUACUUCGACCUAUUAAGAAAUGCCAGUAGUUGGCUGGAAGCUGCACUCCUAACACAUGAUGUAUCUGAUGCAAAUAUCCACGUCCUCUGCCCAGAGGCAACCUUUAUAGAUCAACAGUACCCAGUCCUUGGUUUUAUGUUGGCAGUAGAUCGGAGUUACAGUAUCGAUUGGCUCCAGCAAGGAUUCCACAUCUUAAUUAAUACCAGUGAAUACGUAUGUGAUGUAAAACUUGGAGAUGGCAUCCGGCAAAUGGGGAACACAUCAGGAAUACAAGGCCACAGCAUAGUCAGCUGCAAUCUGAUACAUGAAGCACGGAGUUCAAAUGCAAGCAGCAUGACCACUGAAAGCAUCUGGAAUGCAUCAGAUUUGGAAAAUAUUUCAGUUGAGAAUUCAACAGCUCUGUUUGGGAAAUCGAUGGAGACUCGAUCAACAGGUUCUAUGUGGGAAAAAAGUAACUCAACUGAUGCUCCCAGUUACACGGGGCCAGUAAACCGACCAGAACAGAGGAGGGCAACCACAACAGUUCUUCCAACUCAGACAACUGGACAGUCAGAGAUGAUGACAGAUAUAACAGCCACUGUUACCAUGGAAACAGCCUUUAUUGCAUUCAGAGCUUCAAUUUCAAUCAUCAAUUGGAACUUUACUGAAGACCUCAACAACAACACCAGCACUGCCUACAGAAAUAUGGAGGAACUCUUUGUAACUGAGUUAUCACAGCUGUUGAGUGAAGCUGCAGAGGUAACCCUCCAACGUGCCCUUAAUUUCACUGUGUUGGUGGAAAGGUUCAGGAAGGGAAGCAUCAUUAUUGAUUUCAUCCUCCUGACUCACAUCGAGGAGAACGUGACCCUUGCCAACAUGACUACUGUGCUACUUACCGCUGUUAACCAUUCCCUGAUGUCAGAGAGUGGAUUUAGUUUAUCAUAUGGAAAUAUUGAAGACUUUGAUCUGUGUGACAAUGACACAUGUGCCUACUAUUGUGAAGCCCUUGUCGGGAUAUCCCAAUGUACAUGUGCGAAUGGGCUGAAUGGUCACAGGCUCACCUGCAUACACAAUGCAUCAGCUGCUUGCGGUGCAGCCCAGGCUGAGAUACCAAACCGUCUCAUGUGGGAACUUCAAAAAAUGUCUCAAUUUCUGGACUUUGCAAAUGCCACAGGAUGUUCUUUAAGCAGAAACUUAUCUGAUAUGUUUGGCAUUCUGCAGGUGAAGGAUUUGUGCCAGGGCACCACCAAUGCCAUCAAGGAUUUGUGGCUGGAUUGGGAAAAUGAAGACACUUUGCAUCUGUAUUUGGAAGGACCCAACAUCACAGUCUGUCAAUUCUCAGUUUCCUCAGAAGAUCAGAUGUUGUACAAAAUAAUUGACGGCACAGAUGGAAUCAGAGGAUCAUUCCUGGUUGACUAUGCGUGUUUGAAUAAUGAACAGUCAUUUGCUUUUGGAAAAAAUGAAAGUUUAAAUGCGACCAUGAUUCAGCAACGGAGGUCCUUUACUGUUCAUGAAAAUGAAAGUCUGAACGUUACUGUGAGCAUUGAGUCAGGUCUGGUCAGAGACCCUCGACUCUUUAUAAAGAACUGCCAUGUUGAGUCAUCAACACAUGAACCUGAAGGGGACAAACUGAUAGAAAAUGGGUGUUCAAAAUCGAAAGGGGUCUCAAUUUAUCAGAAUGGAAAUGCCUCACUGGUGUUGCUCUCUGUAGACACAUCUGUUGCAAAGAACUCCACAUAUCUGAAAUGUGAAUUGCAAAUCUGUGCUGAGAACCAAUGUGCCUGCACCAAUCGCCCGGGAAAAAGAAAUAUGGGAAUUUCAGAGACUUUCAAGGAAAACUCCAUUGAGAUUGGGCCAAUCACUAUCUUGAAAAACACGAAGAAAGAUAAAAAAGAGCCAAGCAUUCUGACAGUGAUUCUCAUAACGGUGGGGACAAUACUGCUGGUAAUUCUUCUCCUCGGUCUCCUGCGGUAUGUGUAUCGAUACAUCGCUGGCUCCAGUUUCUCAAUCAAGUCAUCAAAGAAUAUUUUCAGGAGACAGUCAUCGAUGAACCCUGUUACUUUGAAGUCUUGGAAACAUGUGUAGCACCAACUGAGCACUGGAAACAAGCAUAAACUGGUCCAAAUGGCAAUGAAACCAAAAAGAAAGAAAUCAUGAACUUACCUUCAUGUAAUAAGUGCAAUACUACGGAUGCUGGAAAUCUGAAA